AAAAACUUUUUUGGAGGACGCAUUUCAUUUGAAAACCCGUUCCCCAACGGCUUCGUGAGCCAAAUUCAAAUUCCAAGUUCCCCAUCCAGCCAUCCCUCAUUCCCCCCUCUCUUUCUCACUCUCUCCAAUGGCGACCACCAACGCCUUUCUCAGCACGCCCUCCAAGACCCCCUCCGACAAGUCCCGCAAACACCCCAACCCCGUCUCCGCCGACUCCACGGCUCGCUCCUCUCGGUUCGAGGCCUACAACCGUCUCCAGGCGGCGGCGGUGGCCUUCGGGGAGAAGCUGCCGAUCCCAGAGAUUGUGGCCCUGGGUGGCCAAUCCGACGGCAAGAGCUCUCUCCUCGAAGCCCUCCUUGGGUUCCGUUUCAACGUCCGCGAGGUCGAGAUGGGCACCCGCCGCCCCCUCAUUCUCCAGAUGGUCCACGACCCCACCGCCCUCGAACCCCGGUGCCGCUUCCAGGAAGAGGAUUCUGAAGAAUAUGGAAGUCCUGUUGUUUUGGCUUCUGCAAUUGCAGAUAUCAUAAAAUCCCGAACUGAGGCACUUUUGAAGAAGACUAAAACUGCAGUUUCUUCUAAGCCAAUCGUGAUGCGAGCUGAAUAUACGCAUUGUCCUAAUCUCACCAUUAUAGAUACACCAGGCUUUGUUCUUAAGGCAAAGAAAGGAGAACCAGAGAAUACCCCCGAGGAAAUUCUUACGAUGGUGAAGUCAUUGGCUAGUCCUCCCCAUCGCAUUCUGUUGUUCCUUCAACAGAGUAGUGUGGAGUGGUGCUCCUCACUGUGGUUAGAUUCCAUUCGCGAAAUUGAUCCAACAUUCAGACGGAUAGUAAUCGUCGUCUCCAAAUUUGAUAAUCGUCUCAAGGAGUUCAGUGACAGGUGGGAAGUGGACCGAUAUUUGAGUGCAAGCGGUUACUUGGGAGAAAACAUACACCCAUUUUUUGUGGCCCUCCCAAAGGACCGGAACACCAUUUCAAAUGAUGAAUUCCGCAGGCAAAUAUCUCAGGUGGACUCAGAAGUUCUACGUCAUCUUCAUGAGGGCGUCCAGGGUGGAUUUGAUGAGGAAAAGUUCAAGCCUUAUAUUGGGUUUGGCCGUCUAAGAGAUUUUUUGGAGUCUGAGCUUCAGAAAAGAUAUAAAGAAGCUGCACCAGCAACUCUAGCUUUGCUUGAGCAGCGCUGCAGUGAAGUUAUGGCUGAUCUGGCCAGAAUGGACUCUAAAAUUCAGGCUACUUCUGAUAUUGCUCAUCUUAGGAGAUCUGCAAUGUUGUAUGCAGCUUCUAUCAGCAAUCAUGUGGGAGCUUUGAUUGAUGGAGCAGCAGAUCCUGCCCCAGAGCAAUGGGGAAAAUCAACAAUGGAGGAGCAGUCAGAAAGUGGUCUGGGGGGUUGGCCUGGUGUUAUUGCAGAUAUAAAGCCUCCCAAUGCUACUCUUCGGCUUUAUGGAGGAGCUGCUUUUGAAAGGGUGAUACAUGAAUUUCGCUGUGCUGCUUAUUCCAUUGAAUGCCCCCCAGUGUCAAGGGAGAAGGUGGCAAACAUAUUACUUGCCCAUGCUGGCCGAGGUGGGGGUAGAGGAGUAACAGAAGCAGCUGCAGAAAUUGCUCGUGCUGCUGCCAAAUCAUGGCUGGCUCCUCUUCUUGACACUGCUUGUGAUCGGCUUGCUUUUGUUUUGGGGAAUCUCUAUGAUCUUGCACUAGAAAGAAAUCACAGUCGUGACGCAGAAUAUGGGAUGAAAUCAGAAAAAAUGGAUGGCUAUGUUGGUUUUCAUGCUGCUUUAAGGCAUGCUUAUAAUCGCUUUAUUAAGGACCUUGCCAAACAAUGCAAGCAAUUAGUUCGGCACCACCUUGAUUCAGUUACAAGCCCAUACUCACAGGUAUGUUAUGAGAAUGAUUUUCAAGGACGCCUUGGCUCAAGUGCAACCUCUUUUUGCAAGUUCAACCAGGCUUCAGUUGGUUCAUUUUGUCUUGAGCUAACUGAUGGGGGGCCAGCAGCCUGUGAUGAAAAAAUGAAGGAUCAAGAGAACGUACCUCCGGAAAAGAAUGGACAGCAAACCACUCCAGGAAAAGGUGCAGAAGCUCGAGGAGCUCUUCGAGAAAGCCAAAUGACUGUGCCUGAGACACCAUCACCUGAUCAGCCAUGUGAUGCAGUAUAUCCUGGGGCCAAGAAAGAACUUGGAAAUGGCAUUGACGUUGGAGUGAGAAAACGGGUUUCAAGAUUGACAGGCAAUAGCAGAAAUACUGAUCACAUAAGAGUUCAAGAUGGUGGUGGUCUUUUAUUUGGUGAUAGCGGUUCAAGAUCAGGCUCACCCUACUCAGAUAUCUGUUCAUCAGCUGCAAAUCAUUUUGCACGGAUUCGUGAAGUUCUUGUUGAGCGAAGUGUUGCUUCAACUUUGAAUUCUGGAUUCUUAACCCCCUGCAGGGAUAGGCUUGUGGUGGCACUUGGGUUGGAUUUGUUUGCUGUGAACGAUGAGAGAUUCAUGGACAUGUUUGUUGCUCCAGGCGCCAUUGAUGUCCUACAGAACGAACGACAGUCUCUUCAGAAGCGUCAAAAGAUACUUCAAUCUUGCUUGAACGAGUUCAAGAGUGUUGCUCGUGCCCUUUGAUGGCAAAUUGGCAAAUCCUAUUUUUUAACAAAACUGUGCUAUUACCAGCAAUUCAGAGGUUUUCACAUCUAGUGAACACUCACACUUGUUAUUCUUUAAGGCACUACUUAUUGCAUCUAUAACAACCCGUUAGUAUUUGAUAAACAAACUGUUAAAGUAUUGAUUAUGUAAUUAGAUUUAUCUCUUUC